AAGUCCCUCUCUUCUCCCCUCCUCUUGUGACUUUGCAAUGAGCAGCAAAACUCUACAGGAGCUGCAGCAACAGCAUUAAGGAGACAUGCAGCUCUGAUUUUGAGAGCAAUUCUUUCUGCAUACAGGGAUUUUUAUUUUUGUUUGUGUUUGUUUUUUUAACCCUUUCACAAAAUCCAUCCAAAUCACCAGCAUCAGGGUGCAAGUAAAAUAAAAUAAAAUUGCACCCUGGGGCUUGAAAGCCCCCCCUCAUAAAAAUAAAAUAAAAUAAAAUAAAAAAAGAGGAGGAGGGCAAACAGAUGAGUAAAGGGUAGGUGAAAUCCAAAAUAAAAUUGAAUUGCUAGAUAACUCUCACCCUCCCCCCCAACCACACACUCACUCACUCACACACACACACACACACACACACUUUCUCCUCCUCCUCUUCUCUGAAGGUGGAUAACAGGAGCCAUGCAACAUCUGCAGAACUGGAUGGCAAAAUAGCAGGGGGAAAAUAAUCAAAGUGGAGAGUUCAGGGGAGAUCGGGUUCUUUUUUCUUUUUUUACCUGUGAGAUUUGAUUCCACAUUUUGCUGAGUCCAUUUUGGGGACAUUUCAUUUUUCUCUCUCUUGGGAUUUUCUCCAUUGCCAGAGGAUGUCUCUUGUUGAGAGGAUGCUGAAAGGAAGAAGAGGCGAAUUCUUUGACUGGCACUGAAGGGAGGGGGAAUAUAUAUUUCCCCCAUAUUUUUUUUUACGGUCUUGUGCUUUUUUUAAAAAUAAAGGAAAUUAUUUGUUGUCUUCUUCUUCUUCUUUUCUUUUUCUUUCUUUCUUUCUUUUUUUUUGUUUUGUUUGGAGGGGGAUUUCAGAAGAUCUUCCCCUCCCCUCCAAACAUUUUUUUCCUCCAUCGUGUUUGUGGAAAUGUGGAGAUUUCAGGCAGACAGAUUGAGUGCAUUUGUCUCUGCUUUAGCAGCGCUUUGUCUCGCCUGCUGUGCGCAAAGCCAAUCCACUGGGAAUAUUUCUGUGGUGAAAGAGAUUGUGGACAAAUUGCUGAAGGGGUAUGACGUCCGCCUCAGACCCGACUUCGGAGGUAACCCUGUUACAGUGGGAAUGAGCAUCCAUAUCUCCAGCAUUGACCAGAUUUCAGAAGUCAACAUGGACUACACCAUCACCAUGUAUUUCCAGCAGAGCUGGCGGGACAAACGUCUAGCGUACAGUGACCUUCCUCUGAACCUGACCCUGGACAACCGGGUGGCUGACCAGUUGUGGCUUCCUGACACCUAUUUCCUGAAUGACAAGAAGUCCUUCCUGCAUGGGGUGACAGUGAAGAACCGCAUGAUUCGGCUCCAUCCAGAUGGGACAGUGCUGUAUGGCUUGAGAAUCACCACCACAGCUGCUUGCAUGAUGGAUCUGAGGAGAUACCCUCUGGACCAGCAGAACUGCACGCUAGAAAUUGAGAGCUAUGGCUACACAGUCGAUGACAUUGUGUUUUUCUGGCAAGGAAACAACUCGGCCGUCACAGGGAUGGAGAUGCUGGAGCUGCCCCAAUUCACCAUCAUCGAGCAGAGACUGGUCACCAGAGAAGUGGUCUUCACCACAGGCUCUUAUCUCCGCUUAUCCCUGAGUUUCCGGAUCAAGAGGAACAUCGGUUACUUCAUCCUCCAGACUUACAUGCCUUCCAUCCUCAUCACCAUCCUGUCCUGGGUCUCCUUCUGGAUCAAUUAUGAUGCCUCUGCUGCCCGGGUGGCAUUGGGGGUCACCACGGUGCUCACGAUGACCACCAUCAACACCCACUUGCGGGAGACCCUCCCAAAGAUCCCAUACGUCAAGGCCAUCGACGUCUAUCUCAUGGGCUGCUUCGUCUUCGUGUUCCUGGCGCUCCUGGAAUAUGCCUUUGUCAAUUACAUUUUCUUUGGGCGAGGCCCUCGCCAGCAGAAGAAGCAGAGUGAGCGGCUCAGCAAGGCAAACAAUGAGCGCCAACGAUAUGAGGAGAAGAGGAUGAGGGAGCAGGUUGACCCUUAUGGCAACAUCCUCCUCAGCACCCUGGAGAUGAACAACGAGCUGCUGGCCACGGACAUGAUGAGCAGCGUCGGCGACUCUCGAAACUCUGUCCUGUCCUUCGAAGGCUCAGGAAUCCAGUUCCGCAAGCAGCUGGCCUCUCGGGAUGGCUUUGGCCACCACCCCACCUUAGACCGCCAUGUCCCACUGACCCACCAUGCUGCUGUCCGCAACCGUGCCAACUGCCGCCUCCGCCGGCGGUCCUCUAAGCUGAAGCUCAAAAUCCCGGACCUGGCAGACGUCAGCACCAUUGACAAGUGGUCACGGAUCAUUUUUCCAAUCACCUUUGGAUUCUUCAACCUCAUUUACUGGUUGUACUAUGUAAAUUGAUGCCUGCGGCCUCCAGGAGCGAUAGGCACAGACACUCAGACAAUGACAACACAGGAGCGCUGUGGUCUUUUGGGUUUGGGUUUACUCUUUUCUCUUAUUAUCAUUUCCUCCUUUGUUUGGUAGGUUUAUUCUAAGCUUACUUUCUCUUUUCAGCACAUUAGAAACACGGAGCAUGGGGUGGUGGGGCAGAGGGGUCGGGGAUGGGUCUCAGGUUUCGGGAGGGUUGGCCUCGUCUUGAUUUGGUUUUGUGCCGAAGAACUUCACCAUUGUAAAAAAAACCAACUCCAAAAUCAAAAACACAGAAAAGUUUUUAAAAAAAGAAGAAGAAAAGUUUUAAUGAAACGGAGUCGAAAACAGGGAUGGAGGAAUAAGCUAUCUUUGAAUGUGUUCACUGAUGCGCUGCCCACACCUCCAUUUUACCACUGAAGUCUCAUCUCUUUGUUCUUCUUGAUAUUAUUUUUUAAUCUUUCACUCAUUUUCACUCUUAGCCCCUUCUCAUUUAUUCCCACCUGGAGUCACUGAGAUCGGGGAGUUCCAUUCUCACACCGCAUGGUCUUUCUUUUCUUUCUCUCUCUGUCUCUUGCUUACAGGUGUAAAAGAAUCUUUUAAACAAACAAAAAGAAUAUUUAUUUUGGAACAGCUGCGGGAGGGCAUU